AAAACACUUUUUUUGCCUCUGAAGUGUAACUCUGGAUAAAAAUGUAAAUAUUCACAUCAAGUAGAAGUACUUCCAGUUUGUACACAAGUGCAGUACUUGCUGGGUCUCAGUAAGUCUGACAUCAAACACCAGAGGGAGACAUUUCAGCCUCCUCGUCCUCAGACACUCAACCUGCUGCAGGAAGUAAUCUUUCAAAUUUCCAGGUUUCUCCUCGUUUGAUCCCGGCGUUUUGUAUCUGAAUAUUUCAUGGCGACUCCUGCUGUUGAAAGAUCGCUCGGUUGUAUAAAGCACAUUUACCAUGAGAUGAAAUAAAACAGAUCCACUGACAGCACAUGUCUGACAUCCAGCCGGCCCAACAGAGCAUGUCAACAGUGAGCAGCAUGAAUUAUACAGCAGCUGCACGGAGGAGGAGGAGGAGACAAAACCAAACAUCAGUCACAGAUUUUUCUUAAAUGUAUAGCAAAGCUUCUAUUUGAUGCAGAGUGACGCUUCACGUUUCCACUUUUUAAAGAUUGAAAUGAUGAACUUCAGUCUGACUGCUGAUAUUUACAUCCUGAUCAUCACCAGAUACCUGGUGACGUCGACUCAUCCAGAGUGUUCGAUUGUUCUUCAUCUGCGAGGGAAAGAAACUGAGUGCAAACUGAAGAUCAACGCUGCUGCGUCACGAUCCAGCAGCAACACAACCGCAGGUUGUGUGAUGGAGUGGGACGGAGUGAGCUGUUGGCCGGCUGCCUCUGCAGGACGGAUCGUCUCCGUCGUCUGUCCUCUGCCGCUGCUGAAGCCUCAAACUCCUCCAGUGUUUUUGAAUCAUUACUCUCCAGCUCUCAUCACACGGAGCUGCACAGAGCGAGGGUGGAGUAAACCCAGCGUGCCGUAUUAUGAAGCCUGUUACUCUGAAGCUUCUGAUGAAGAUGAGGCGAUGAGGAUGGAGAAAAAUCACUUUGAUACUCUGAAGCUGAUCUACAGCGUCGGAUACGGCGUCUCUCUGGCUGCUCUGCUCAUCGCUGCUCUGGUUUUCUGCUGCUUCAGGAAGCUGCUCUGCACGCGCAACUACAUCCACCUCCACCUGUUCGCGACCUUCAUCCUCAGGAGUCUGGCUGUGUUCAUCAAAGAUUCAGUGCUGUUUGCAGACCAAAGCACGGAUCACUGCACCGUGUCCACGCUCGGGUGUAAGGCCGCGGUGUCGUUCUUCCACUGGUGCGUCCUGCUGAACUUCUCCUGGCUGCUGGUGGAGGCUCUGUACCUGCAGACGCUGCUGCUCUUCACCUUCGCUCACACCGCCAAGCUCCUCUGGAUCUACGCCACCGUCGGCUGGGGCGCUCCGUCAGUGAUUGUUGUGAUCUGGGUCCUGCUGAGAAAACAGUUUGACGAUGAAGGGUGUUGGGACGACCUGGAGAGCCGUCUGUGGUGGAUGAUCAAGACUCCCAUCCUGCUGUCGAUCUUUACAAACUUUGUGAUCUUCCUGAACAUCAGCAGGAUCAUCGUCCAGAAGACAAAGUCCACACGCGUGACCCAAACUGAGCCACAGCCGUACAGGACACUCGUCCGCUCCACUCUGCUGCUCGUCCCUCUGUUCGGUCUGCACUACGUGGUGUUCGCUCUGUUUACGGAACACGUCGGUGUGAAGCCUCGACUCUACUUCGAAUUAGUUUUAGGAUCUUUCCAGGGUUUUAUCGUUGCUCUGCUGUACUGCUUUCUAAACGGAGAGGUGCAAAAAGAAAUCCAGAGGACGGUGAGAAAAUGGUGGCCUGAGGUGAAAACUAACGCCGUCAACCUUCCAACACAAGAAUUCAUCCCCUGAGGUCAAAAUAAAAGAAACUCCCUCAGAUUUUCUUCUAAAUACCUGCAGGAAACAGUUUCAUUUAUCGAGUCAUUUUACUUUAUUGUCUUCUUACUUACAGUGUUAUUUGGGGAAAAGUAUUAAAUUUGAAGCGUUUGUACAAACGUCCAAUUAUUUCUGCUGUAUGUAUCUUUAUGUUUGUGACUGUGUGCAUCUGUUACCGUAAAGUAAAUAAAAGAUGAUGAUAAGAUAAUAUUCA